AUGGCCAAUGGUGGAUCAACCGAACCCAUCGUACUCUCCAGCUUUUACCGCGUUGAAGAACAGAACGGCCUCAUUGCGGAACAUUACGGUCCUCCAUCUGCCCGAGCCCAGCGUGGUAUAAAGCGAGCGAGGUGGGCGAGGUGGAUGAAUGUCAAAGCUCGCAUCAUGCUCUGGAAGAAUAUUUUUGCCCUCGCGUCGCUUAGCACCCUCGUCUAUGCUCAUGCUGCCCCUGAUAGCAGUCCUUUUGCCAACCAUCCAGAAGAGAUUGCUCGUAGACAGCUCGAGACGAAUGCCCGUCACGUCAUGGCCCGCAAUUGCGCCCCUCAGGUUGCCGAGUACCAGGCUCAGCGCAAAGCCCGCCGUGAGCUCAAGCGUCGUGGAAUCGUCGACGACAGCAUCAUGGAUCUCGAGCGUCGCCAGGCUAGUGGCACCUCGUCCGCUCUGAAGCCUCAUUACUCGACAAUUCAGAAUACGUGCAUUGCCGCUCCAGAGGUCACUGAGGGGCCCUAUUAUCUCCGUAAUGAGCUCAUCCGCACAGACUUGCGCGAGGCACAGGCGGGAACCCCCCUCUAUCUCGACAUUGGCGUCCUCGACAUUUCCACUUGCAAGCCUGCGACCAAUGUUUUUGUCGAAAUCUGGGCUUGCAAUGCCCAAGGUGUCUAUUCUGCUUUCGGUGGAAGCACAACUGGCGGAGGUCCUGGAGGUGGUGGGCAAGCAGGUGGAAGCGGAACGAAGACGAAUAACAACAAUUUCCUGCGUGGUGGAUACACAACGAAUGCAAACGGUGUCGUGGAGCUCUUGACCAUUUACCCUGGAUUUUACUCGGGACGUACGAUUCAUAUCCAUACAAUGGUUCAUCAAAACGUCAAGACUAGCUCAAAUGGUACCAUCGUUUCGUCUCCUACGACUCUUCGCCACAUCGGUCAGAUAUUCUUCGACGAGACAUUGAACACACGGGUUCUUGCGCAGUCGGCUUACCAGAACAGUGGACAGUCCCACACCCUCAAUAGUGCUGACAGCAUUCUAAGGCAAGCAAACGCAAACGGCUACAGCGCAUUUGCAUCCGUCACUCAGCUGGGUAGCAGUCUUUCCGAUGGUCUCCUGGGAUAUAUCACCAUUGGAAUCGACCCUACGGCGGCGCGGUCUAUCACGACAAAGAACUAUUACGGAGUCGCCAAGCGGGAGACGGAAGAAGAGGAAGAAGACUAG